AUGGACUUACCACCACCACAAUAUCCUCCACCUUUGAAACUACCACCAUUGCCAUCAAAGCCCAAUGGUCAACCUCCACCACCACCCAGCUCGGCAAAGCCUACCUCUGCUGGUCCGAUGAUUUCUGCACCACCACCAUUGCUACAUACAUUACCUGCAUUACCCAAGCCUGCACCACCAGGCACAUCAUCACUUGGCCAAAAGCCACUAGCACCACCGCCACAACAACAACAACCUUUGUCACCAAACUAUUCGAAACCACCUGCCAAACAACCACCUCCAUUGCCACCAUCGUUGGCCACUGGAACAGCCACAACCAAGUCAUUGGGAUCUAUCCCACUUCCAGCAUUACCAUCCAUCAAUAACCUACCACCACCUCCACCUCAGAUGACACUUCCACCAUUGCCAUCCCAAAUGACACUUCCACCUCCACCCCCACCAUUGUCCGCACCAAUAUCCACACCAGUAUCAUUACCUCCUCCUCCGCCAAUGGGAUCACAACAACUUCCACCGCAACAACUACCACCACCACCUCUACAACAACAACAACAGACACCUACCAAGACACCGCCACCAUUGAUGCCCAGACCAGUGUCACUCAACUUCAAGACACCUCCACCACUUCUGCCUACUCAAUCGCCAAUAUCACCACAUUCAUCCGGCGCUAUUGCCAGUAACCCAAUGCGUGCCAGUUCAGAGUCGGCCUACACAUCCCCAGCGACAUCCAAUCGAAACUCAAUGGAUGUAGGUGCACCCAUAAUGGAGUUUCCCGAGAUGAUCACACAGAAUAGGGUUGCAGAGGAGAACUACAACUACCUCAAUGACAUAUAUCACAAGAUUCAGAAGCGUUCACAAUCGAGCACAGCCACGUCAAGAGAGGGCAAUAGUUUGGCAGAGGCAUUUAAGAACUAUGGCACAAUGCUCAUUGCCCAAUCGGAUAAUGAGCUGGGACAGUGCAUGUUCAAGAUUGGUGAUCUUCAUCGUGAUAUCGAACUGUUUAGACAACGAUGUGACAUCCAGUCUAUCUCGGGACUGCGCACAGCCGUCGAGCAGUACGUCACCAGGGACAUCAAGGUGGUGAGGAGUUCAAAGAAGAACUAUGACAAGGUGCGAUCAAUGUAUGACAAUCUCGAGACCAAGUGUCUGUCCAACACGGCCAAGGGCAAGGGUGUGAACUUGGUGCGUCAGGCCGAGUUGCAGCAGGAGCGUGACUACCUCCGUGGUCGAGUCAGCAUCGUUGGUAACGAGACCCAAGCCACUGUGCGUCUGGCCACCGACUCCAACUCUGUGGAGAUGAUGGAGCAGGUAGUGGAGUAUGUAGAGGGUCUGCAGAGCAUGGCAAAAGCGCUGCACGAACAACUCGAUUCAAUGCAGCCAUCCUUUGCUCAAUACAAGAAGGAGGCUCAAAGACGUCGAUCUGAGUUGGACCGCGCCAUCGAACAUCAGAAGCAGGUGACAAUCAGCACAGCUAACAGUCCUGCCAUUGUUGCCGCUUCUCUAGGUACGGCAGCGCCGGGUAAAGAGAGAGUGACCUCUACCGAACUCGAGAGGGAUGUGAUUGGCGAGGAUCCAAAGCGUACCCAGGUGCGUAGAUUCGUCAUUGCCGAGCGCAACUAUGUUGCUGGACUCAACACCCUUGUGCAGGUCUACCUCAACUCACUGAGGACAGACGAUCGUCUGUUUAGCAAGAUAUUCAAAGAGGAUGAAGUGGCCAUAUUCUCCAACGUUGAGGCACUGCUUACACACCAGAACAAGUUCUUGGAGGACUUGGAUAGUUGUCUUAAGCAGUAUGGCGAGCCCUCGGCACCAACAUUGGCAUCUGUAUUCUUCAAGGCAUCACCCAAGCUAAUGCAACUGUACUCUGUGUAUAUUGGCAACUUCUCCAAGGCUCUACAUACUAUCAAUCGUGUAAAGCAGUCCAAGAACUUCCAACAAUUCCUCAAGACCUGUGAGGAGAAGUCGGAUGGUGCCGACCUUGACUCGCUCAUCCCCACGCCACUCUCGCGUGUCACAAGCUACCUGAUCAUACUUCAAGAUCUCAAGGAUAACUCUGCCAAUCAGGAUGAGUUGGACAUGAUCAUGGAGGCACAAGAGAAGAUGAAGACCUUGGGCGAUCUAGUUGGACAGAGUCACAACCUCAUUCAAAUGAUGAAGCUCCAACAGUCUUUGAUAGGUUUCGAUGCGUUGCUCGUUCAGGAAGGUCGAUAUCUUAUCAAGGAGGGUGGUGCAUCAGUGUCUCAAGGUGCCAAUGCUCCAAGCUCCAACAUGCACAUGUUGUUGAUGAGUGACCUGAUCAUUCUGUGCAAGAAACAGAAUGCACUCUUCCCAUCAAUGUUGUCAUAUGAUAGUGGAAGCAACAACAGCAGUGCCGGUAACAGCAGUUCAUCGCAUGGCUUCAAGUACAAGUACAUCUCAAAGAUUGAUCUACAGAACAAUAUGGAGGUGAAGGAGUCCAAGGAAGACAGGUCUCUCGUGGUCACUUGUGGCGCAGCCAACCUCCCAACAGUGUUCAAUCUCACCUUUGAUAACAAGUCACUUAGAGACGACUGGAUGUCUGCCAUCACCAAGGCCAGCUACAAGAUCAACCAGAAUAAGCUGUUUGGCAUCCCUCUGGAGCAACUCUAUCUUCGACCAUCUGAGCAGGGACGUCCCAUCCCUUCAUUCGUUCAGCGUAUCAUCGAUUACCUAAGCGAAUAUGGAUGCACUGAGGAAGGAGUCUUUAGGCUUUCGGCCAACCAGCGCAUCCUGGACUCUUCCAAAUCUGAAAUCGAGGCUGGCGUGGAGCUGGACUACUCAGAGUUGGACGUGCACACUGUGGCCUGCCUAUUGAAGCUCUGGGUGCGUAACCUUCCAGAGCCUCUUCUCACAUACAAACAGUUUGAUAGCUUUGUUGAUAUUGCCAACGUAUCACCAAUGUCACAAAAGUACCUGGCAAUCAAGUCGGAGAUGGAGAAGCUUCCGCAGUUCAAUAGGUUCUGCACAUUCUAUCUGAUGCGAAUGCUUACCAAGGUGGCCGAGCAAUCAUCAAUCAACAAGAUGACACCAAACAACAUCAGUAUCGUCUUUGCCACACUUCUCCUUCGUAAGAAGGGAGCUUCACCUCUGGAUUGCACUGCCUUCAACACGAUAUUCGGACUGGUUGAAGCCUUUAUGACUGGAUUCCAAGUGAUAUUCAGCAGCGUCGAACAGGAGAUGCAGCAGUAUCAGAGCGACGCCGCCAAUAACAGUGGCUAUAGACGUUCCGCCAAACUUCAUGCCAUAUCCUCUCCAGAUACAUCACCCACCAUCUCUCGUCGUACCGCCCCUGUAGUCUCUGAGGACAGCGAUAGUGAUGGAGAAGAGAGCUACCCAUUUGGCACUGGACUCGAUGGCAACAAACAGGGCGUGUCCAUUACAAUCCAGUUGGGAGAGAUUGUCAAGCAAGGCUAUCUUACCAAGAAGGGAGCAAUGAGACGAAACUGGACCAAACGAUGGUUCGUUCUGAAGCAGAACUACCUCUUCUACUUCAAGACAUCACGUGACAAGAAGCCCAAGGGUAUCAUCCAUUUGGUCAACAUCGCAGUGCAAAAGUCCUACUACAAGCCCUUCUGUAUGGCAAUUCGUGAGUCCACCGAGAACAGGGAGUUCCUCAUUUGUGGCAGCAGUCAAUCAGAGAUUGAUGAAUGGAUCAGCAGUGUAACCAAGUGUUCAUCAUCAACAAAGCAGCAAUUGAUUGAAUAA